GUAGGUGAGUGAACUUGAGCGAUUGAUACCGACUGAACUUCCUUUUCUUUUCCAACGUGUUCCUACGGAAGUAAUUCGUGGUAAAAUCAACCUCCACAAUGGUUGCCGCCAAGAAACAGAAAAAGACUAUUGAGUCUAUCAACUCGCGUCUUGCCUUGGUUAUGAAAUCAGGCAAAUACUGUCUAGGAUACAAACAGACAUUGAAGACCCUUCGUCAGGGCAAAGCUAAGCUGGUCAUCAUUGCCAAGAAUGCUCCUCCUCUAAGGAAAUCUGAGAUUGAGUACUACGCGUUACUGGCCAAAACCGGAGUCCACCAUUACAGUGGAAACAACAUUGAGUUGGGCACGGCUUGCGGAAAGUACUACAGGGUAUGCACACUCGCCAUCACCGACCCUGGUGACUCGGAUAUCAUCACCACCCUGCCUGAGGCGCAGGCUUAGACUUAUGUUUAAUAUAAUAUAAAAAAAAUCUA